AUGGCUUCCAACAAAACUUCUUUUCAUCCGGCUCUUGCCGUUUCAAACAUCAGGAAUCAUGUUUCCAUUGUUCUUGAAAUGGAAAACGUUCAAUAUUCGACGUGGACGGAACUCUUCAAGAUUCAUGCACGCUCAACCAAGGUGCUUGAUCAUAUCAUACCUCCGGCCAACGGCACGGGGAUGAUUCCUUCUACCGAGGAAGAGAGGGAGCUAUGGUCAACUUUGGAUGCCACAGUUUUUUCGUGGAUUUAUGCUACCAUUUCUAGUGACUUAUUGCACACCAUUAUUGAGCUCGACUCUACGGCUAUGGAGGCUUGGGAUAGAUUGCGUGAUAUAUUCCAAGAUAAUCAACAUUCUCGUGCCAUUACCUUGGAGCAAGAAUUCUCCGCUACUUCUAUGGAGAAUUUUCCAAAUGUUUUCUCUUAUUGUCUUCGUCUCAAAUCUCUAGCAGAUUAA